GUUGCAGAUUGGCGUGAAGAAAAUGGUGGCGAAACUUUGACGUUGAUGCACUUUGGACCAGUACUUUCGAAUGCCAUGACAAACGGAAUUAAAAAACAGAGUAUUGUAAACGGAUUCCGUGUGUGCGGCUUAUUCCCAUUCAACGUCGAAAAUGUGGAUUUCAGCAAAUGUGUCGCCAAGACGACUUCGUCUGCGCCACCAGUAAUCCACACAGAGUGUGUGAACAGUGAACUUUCAUCGGUAAACAUACCUACAAUUGAAGAAACCAGUAUUCAAUCCAUGGAUAACUCGAAUAAAACUAUUGACAAUGCCUCAUUUAUGCUGCUUUCACCACUGCAUGUGAAAGAAUCGGUAUUGAUUCCGUGGACGACGAUUCAUGAGGCAUUAGAAUGUAUCGGAUCAACCCGUAUUCUACAGAUGUCAUCUACGAUAACUCUGAACGAAGAUCAACAAGUGAUACGUACGCUUUAUGAGAAACUUCUCAAGCCGUUUCAUUACCAGGCACCCCAGGUUAUUGAAAUUGAAAAUUUAAAUGGAGAUCACCAUGUCGAGGACAACGAAGUCAGAGAUACCGAACAUGUCGAGUUGUACACAGAUGCAUCACCAUUAAUCGGAAACGUUUCAGUUGACCAAGGAUAUAGCCGAUACUAUACUACGGAAACUGAUCCACUCGCUGUCAGAACGGAGGAGAUAAUUUCUUUCAAUAGCUCUCAUGACUCGUCCACCACGUUUAAAGACAUUGGAAACAUUCUGAGCAGGAAUAUCGAUAUUUCACCGGUUGAACAAUCCCGAGCCACUUAUGUUACACUUGGUGAGCCGAUAGAUAAAAUCUCGAAAACAAAACGAAAGAGGAGAUUAUCAUCCUUUUUGAAUUGCCCACCGACUCCGAAGCGUGCCAAGACUCAUAGAAAUUUCAAACGUCAGUUCAAUCCAGUUCUUACAGCCGGUGAGAGAUUGGACGAGCUUCAUAGAAUUGAGUGUGAAAAGCAAAAUGCUAUCCUGGAGAAAAAAGCGAAAGCUGAGAGACGAGCAAAAGCAAAACUCGAGGCCGAAGAAUUGAAAGCUGUCAUUAAGGAGCGAAAACGUCAAGAGGCAUUAUUGAGAAAAACUGAACGAGAAAACUUGCAAAAAGACGGGCUUGCUAAACGGAAAUUAAUGCGAUCGGCUAAGUAAUACACUCAUUCUCAGCCGAAUUAAUUGGUUUAC